AUGGAGUGCAAGCCCCUGUCAGAGAUGGAGGUGAAAAGUCUGUGCGAUCAGGCGCGGGCUGUUCUAGUGGAGGAAUGGAAUGUGCAGCCGGUGAAAUGUCCCAUCACUGUCUGCGGUGACAUCCAUGGCCAGUUCUACGAUCUGAUCGAGCUCUUCCGGAUAGGCGGCAAUGCACCAGACACUAAUUACCUAUUCAUGGGAGACUAUGUCGACCGUGGUUACUACUCAGUGGAGACUGUCACACUUUUAGUGGCUCUGAAAGUUCGUUAUAGAGAUCGAAUCACUAUUCUUAGAGGAAAUCACGAAAGUCGUCAAAUUACUCAAGUUUACGGAUUUUAUGAUGAAUGCUUGAGGAAGUAUGGCAAUGCCAACGUGUGGAAGUAUUUCACCGAUCUUUUUGAUUAUCUACCCCUGACAGCACUAAUUGAGAGUCAGGAGAAGAAUGUGGUCACAGUUUUCAGUGCUCCAAACUAUUGUUACCGCUGUGGAAACAUGGCUGCAAUACUCGAAAUUGGGGAGAAUAUGGAGCAGAAUUUCCUCCAAUUCGACCCGGCUCCUCGGCAGAUUGAACCCGACACAACUCGCAAGACUCCGGAUUACUUCUUGUGA